AUGUAUGACAGGCUAUUGAAAGAGUAACAUUUAGUUAGGCACACAAUCAUUUACAGGCCAUUGACUUGAAAUAUUGAAAUAUUUUCCUUAUUUAUGUAAAAUACACAUCUCACUAGGUUUGCAAGGCUUUGUUCAGAAACCCUGAACUGAAACCCCACAUCUUACAUUUUUCAAAGGAACAUUGUAUAACAGAAGAAUCGUUUUAUGUAAAUGGCCAGGUGUCUUCCUGUGCAGAUGGUUUUCAGUUCUGCUUUUGGUGGCUAUUUCAGCUUUAUUCUGGGCUUGUGUAUUACUUAACGCUUCCAUCUGCUAUUUGUUCUGCUCUGUGAAGCAUGACUCCUCUCUCCACCUGCUUUCUCUUCUACUUUUGUCCAUGUUAAGAACUCUUGUUAUGUAAAUAAUUUAAUUUUAAAAACAAUAAUUAUUGUCACUGUCAAUAUUUUACAGUUGGAAAAUAUUUUGUAUACGAUAUAGAUGUAACAUCUCUUUAAAGCUCUUUACUAAACAUUUUGUACAUUUCCCAUGCAUUUAACUGAAUGUCAUCUUUAUUUUAACAGAAAAGCGUGUCACUAAGCCAAGUAUUACUCUGCUGAGUAGGCAAGAAGGUGAAAAUAUCGUCUUAGAGUGCCAAGUGAAUGAUUAUUACCCUGACAAACUCGAUGUACAGUGGCUUAAGGAUAACUCCAAGGUCAACCAUUUUACGCCAGAUAAAAAGCUUCAGAAUGCUGAUAAGAAAGAGAAAAGCUUUACUUUAAUAAGUCAGUUAGCUAUCAGUGCUCAGAAUCAGGGCAAAAUGUACACUUGUAAAGUCACGCACAACUCUGAAGAAAUCAAACAAAACUAUGAUUUGUGCAAGGAUUUAUCCAAGCCUUUGGUGACGGUAAAGAAACCCCAUCUCAGAGACAUUAUCAAGGAGAAGACAGUCACAGCUACUUGUUCUGUUGAAGCACCAUACAACACUGAGGUGUCAUGGUUGGUAAAUGGUUUAAGAAGAAGUGCUACCAAUACAAAGACAUACAAAUCACCUCUGUCCAGCACAUCACAGAUUUUUGAGAGCAACCAGACUAUUUCCAGAGAAGAUUGGUUGAGGUUUAAAACAAUUGUUUGUAAAGCUACACAUUCAUGUUUCAAAGUAGAGGAACCUGUGAUUGAACCUGUUAAUAUACAGAAAGAUCCUGUUGUGGUGAUCAGGAGGUCUUUCACAGGAGGCAGUGCUGUACUGGAGUGUGUUGUACGAGAUUUUCCCUCUGGUGAAGUCUGCAUCACCUUCCAGUCAGGUGGUGUUGAUAUCUCACAAGUCAGUUGUGCAGAUGUGGCUUCUUCUGAAAACAUUCAGUCCCUGACUACAGACUUUACAAUACCCAAUGAUCACCAAAGGAAAGGCAAAACAUUUACAUGUAAAGUUCACAGUCCUUCCAAACAAUGGACAUCAAAACCUACAGGAAACAUUUUUGAUAAUCCUACUAUUGAGCUCUCAGUUGUUCCCAGUGUUGGUGAAUUAAGUUUGAAUUCUCAGAAACUGGUUUGUUCUGGGACAGGAUUUGACCCAAAGAUCAAAUGGCUUUUAAACUCAAAAGUGAAAUCUGGCGUAGCUGUAGAUGUCACGAUAGGUGAAGAUGGACGUUUGAAAGUGUACAGUGAGAUGUUGGUGCCACAACAAGACUGGAAUCAAGGGGUGAUAUUUAAAUGUGAAAUUACUGAUCAGCGCAAUGCUAUUGACAAAAGCAUCAAUAUUUGUUCAGCACAAGAUUCAUCCAAGCCUUUGAUAAAAGUAAAGAAACCCCAUCUCAGAGACAUUAUGAAGGAGAAGACAGUCACAGCUACUUGUUCUGUUGAAGCACCAUACAACACUGAGGUGUCAUGGUUGGUAAAUGGUGUAAGAAGAAGUGCUACCAAUACAGAAACAUACAAAUCACCUCUGUCCAGCAGAUCACAGAUUAUUAAGAGCAUUCAGACUUUCUCCAGAGAAGAAUGGUUGGGGUUUAAAACAAUUGUUUGUAAAGCUACACAUCCAUGUUUCAAAGUAGAGGAACCUGUGAUUGAACCUGUUAAUAUACAGAAAGAUCCUGUUGUGGUGAUCAGGAGGUCUUUCACAGGAGGCAGGGGUGUACUGGAGUGUGUUGUACGAGAUCUUCCCUCUGGUGAAGUCUGUGUCUCCUUCCAGUCAGGUGGUGUUGAUAUCUCACAAGUCAGUUGUGCAGAUGUGGCUUCUUCUGAAAACAUUCAGUCCCUGACCACAGACUUUACAAUACCCAGUGAGCACCAAAGGAAGGGCAAAACAUUUACAUGUAAAGUUCACAGUUCUUCCAAACAAUGGACAUCAAAACCUACAGGAAACAUUUUUGAUAAUCCUACUAUUGAGCUCUCAGUUGUUCCCAGUGUUGGUGAAUCGAGUUUGAAUUCUCAAAAACUGGUUUGUUCUGGGACAGGAUUUGACCCAAAGAUCAAAUGGCUUUUAAACUCAAAAGUGAAAUCUGGCGUAGCUGUAGAUGUCACAAUAGGUGAAGAUGGACGUUUGAAAGUGUACAGUGAGAUGUUGGUGCCACAACAAGACUGGAAUCAAUGGGUGAUAUUUACAUGUGAAAUUACUGAUCAGCCCAAUGCUAUAAACAAAAGCAUCAAUAUUUGUUCAGCACAAGAUUCAUCCAAGCCUUUGAUAAAAGUAAAGAAACCCCAUCUCAGAGACAUUAUGAAGGAGAAGACAGUCACAGCUACUUGUUCUGUUGAAGCACCAUACAACACUGAGGUGUCAUGGUUGGUAAAUGGUGUAAGAAGAAGUGCUACCAAUACAGAAACAUACAAAUCACCUCUGUCCAGCAGAUCACAGAUUAUUAAGAGCAUUCAGACUUUCUCCAGAGAAGAAUGGUUGGGGUUUAAAACAAUUGUUUGUAAAGCUACACAUCCAUGUUUCAAAGUAGAGGAACCUGUGAUUGAACCUGUUAAUAUACAGAAAGAUCCUGUUGUGGUGAUCAGAAGGUCUUUCACAGGAGGCAGUGCUGUACUGGAGUGUGUUGUACGAGAUCUUCCCUCUGGUGAAGUCUGCAUCACCUUCCAGUCAGGUGGUGUUGAUAUCUCACAAGUCAGUUGUGCAGAUGUGGCUUCUUCUGAAAACAUUCAGUCCCUGACCACAGACUUUACAAUACCCAGUGACCACCAAAGGAAGGGCAAAACAUUUACCUGUAAAGUUCACAGUCCUUCCAAACAAUGGACAUCAAAACCUACAGGAAACAUUUUUGAUAAUCCUACUAUUGAGCUCUCAGUUGUUCCCAGUGUUGGUGAAUCGAGUUUGAAUUCUCAGAAACUGGUUUGUUCUGGGACAGGAUUUCACCCACAGAUCAGAUGGUUUUUAAAUUUUAACGUAACAUCUGACACAGCUGUAGAUGUCACAAUAGGUGAAGAUGGACGUUUGAAAGUGUACAGUGAGAUGUUGGUGCCACAACAAGACUGGAAUCAAGGGGUGAUAUUUACAUGUGAAAUUACUGAUAAGCACAAUGCUAUUAACAAAAGCAUCAAUAUUUGUUCAGUGGCUAACCAGAGCAGUCAGAUGGCAGAUGUCUAUUUACUAGGUCCCUCCCUCAGUGAUGUGAGAUCUAUGACUGACAUUUUUUUGACCUGCUUGGUUAUUGGUCAUCGUAUCAAGGAUUUCACAAUCCAGUGGAAAGUCGAUGGACAUAGUUCCGAAAUGCAAGGUUUUAUACAACAGCAUCAAGAUCAUGCAAAUGGGACUCAAAGCAUGCAGAGUAUUUUGAAGGUUCCGGUUAGCAGAUGGCAUGAUUAUAGUGUGUUCACCUGUGAAGCUAAACCUGUUUGCUCUGAAGACACACUGGAAAAGAACAUCUCAAAAAACAGAAACCCUAAAGAACCUACUGUGAGGAUCCUCAAACCCUCUGACAGUGAUCUAUUUGUGUCUCAAGAUGCCAGUCUUCUUUGCUCGAUCACUGGUUUCUUCCCAUCUGAAAUCUCUGUGCAAUGGCAACUGAAUGGCACGCAGUUGGAUGAGUCUCGCUUUACUAACAGUCCUGUGGUUGCUCAUACUGCAGCUGAGGAUUUUUCAAUAUACAGUGCCUUAAUACUGUCUGCUUCACAGUGGACGAAGGACGUGUACUCAUGUGUUGUUUCUCAUGAGUCAUCUAAAAAUCCAAUCACUGCUACUUUGGAGGACUUGUAUGCUUCGUUGACCCACUCUGCUCCAUCUGCAAAGCUGCUGCAGGGUUCAAAUGAGCUGGUGUGUCUGGCAUUUGGUUUCAGUCCAUCUGAAAUCACCAUCACCUGGCUGCUGGGCUUUGAUGAGGUGUCUAAUCAAAGUGUCCUGAUUACCGAUCCUGCAAAAGGUCCUGACGGAAAAUUUACCAUCCAAAGUUAUCUGCAUUUAUUACCCGCUAAAUGGGCACCUGGAGAGGUGUACAGAUGCAGGGUCACUCAUAUUACUGGUACCCAGUUGCUUAACAUCUCCAAACCAGAAAUAUUGGAAGAGGGUAUUUAUAUGAAUGAAAACAAGGAUGAAUCUAUUACACAGGAAUCUUUAGAGGACGCCUGGAAAAUGGCCUGUGCCUUUCUUGUUCUUUUUCUCUUUUCUCUCUUCUAUGGAUGCACAGUGACACUGGUCAGAGUGAAGACUGCAUGAGCAAUAAUGCCAAUUUCUGUCGUUUCUUGUUUUUUUAAGAUGAUUUUGCUUUUUAGGAUCUUAAUUUGAUUACAGAUGUUUUGAAUGCAUCUUGAUUUGUGAAUAUUCAUUGCCUAAGCAUUGCAAAGAUUAUGUACAGUAAUAAAAUAAAUGAAAAAAAUGUUAAAAUGAUAAAAUGCUUUCAAAUAAAACAACAACAUGGUACAAUAAACAAAGAAUGUUUUAAUUCCAAAUAAAA